CGUCCAUCCACCAUCCAAUUCCCCCAUUGCAACCAUCCCAUCCCACCUGCCAUCCUACUCCUUGCUGAUCCAAACCCCUCAUCCACCAACCAACCCACCUCAUUGACUCUCCUACACUCCUACUCCACCCCACCGACCACGGUCGGGGUCCCUCCCUCCCUCCCUCAUCACCACCCCCCAUAAACAACCACCAUGGCCUCCUCCACCCAACCCUUCACGCGGUCCUACGCCUCCGGCAAACUCCCCGAUCGCUCCCUUAACACCAACGCCCUCCCCUUCAACGCCUCCUCCUUCUCGCGACACCGCAGUCUCGCCGGCGCCCCCGGCGCCACCACCACCGCCGACUUCGCCGACCCCAAAUCCAGCUCUCAGGCCCCAUUAGGCGGGCCCCCAGCGCCCCCAGCUCCCCCCAUGCACUCCCAACCCCAUGGCUCCUCCCCACAAGACACGAAUCCUCUGAACCGGUUAACCGAGGAGCAGCGCGAAGAGAUCAACGAAGCGUUCACCCUCUUCGACCUCGACCGCGACCGCCACCUCGACUACCACGAACUCCGCGUCGCCUUUCGCGCCCUCGGCUUCACGCUCCCCAAACAAGAGCUCAUCUCCCUCCUCACCACCUACGGCGUCCCACGCCCCCAAGUCCAACAACAACAGCAACAACAGCAACACCAACAACAACACCACCAUCACCAAUCCACCCAACCCAACGCCCAACAACCCCCACAGCAGAAAUCCGGCGGUAUCACGAACCCCCAACACCCGAGUAAUCUGCUCAUGCCCCUGUCUGCGUUCCAGGCCGUCACGGCGCUGAAGAUCCUGGAACGGGAUCCGAGGGAUGAGAUAUUGCGCGCGUUUGAGCUGUUUGAUGAGGGCGGGAAAGGGUAUAUUGAUUUGGAGGAUUUGAGACGUGUGGCGAGGGAGUUGGGUGAGACGGGACUCGAGGAGGAGGAGUUGAGGGCUAUGAUUGAGGAGUUUGAUUUGGAGGGUGUGGGGGGUGUGACGCGUGAGGCGUUUGUGGGGAUUUGUUGGCAGUGAUUAUUCUUUCUCUCUCGGUCUCGUGCUUGUGAAUUGGGGGAUGGAGAUUGGGGGGAGAUAGGAAGUAGGGGUUGGGUUGUUGGUACUCUAUACUCUAUACUUUGUAUCUGGUUGUUGGUAGAGGGGUGCUAAUACUCUCCUUGGUGUUGGUCCUGGUUUGAUUCCUCUGCAUGGUGGCGCUAAUCGAUUUCACUUCUGGUAUUUAUCGUGAAGUUCUGUUUGGUUUGCCCUUUGAAUCCGCUGUUGUUUAAUCAAAAUACAUACAUACUGACAUCUACAAGCACAAACUAGCUAUGGCUUGGUCUACUGCGUCAGUCGGGUGACUACUGAUCAAACAAGGUAGGAUCGCACCAAUCAUUGUACACGGCCAAGAU